UAUGCUUGCUUUUUUUUUAUCUCGAUCUCAUUUUAUAACUCUUACCUCCCUUUAGUGGUGGUGGUGGAAACACUAUAAGUGAGCUGCAGUUGAUUGCAUUAUCGAUUUGUGUUCACAAUUAAUGGAUGCCCUGCUUUUGCUUUUAAAAGUGUUAUUUUUACAGUUAUGAUCAUACCUUAUCCAUGAUUUAUGGAUCAAUUAUAGCUGCAGUUGCAAGUUGUUCGUUAGAAAGACCAACGGGGCUGAGUGUGAUUACAACCGUUGAACCUCAAACAAGGGAGCUCAUCUUGCUAGUUGAGUUCAUGCCAGUAGUUGGACAUCAGGAAUAAAAUAUACUAGCCAAUAGAUCAUUCCCACAGUUGGAAGCGGAAAAAAACUAACGAACUUAAGUGUGUUGACAAUAUUCCGCACAUUAAUCUUAGACUGCAUUUUGAAAAGAAGGAAAGGAAAAUUAUUGCCAUUUUUUCUGUUUCCGCCGUUGUUGAUUAGUACAGUCGAUUAUCCAAUCAAGUAAACAACACGGAAAUCUCCGCGCAGUAGCAGAAACAUCAUUAAUUAUGUACACCACACCUGGUCUUCAUUACCACAUACGCAUGCGCUAUGGCCUCGUUUGCCUCUGAGAAAAAUUGAUUUUGCCGAAAAGAAGAAAUAAAAACCUAGACAAGCAGAGCUGCUCUUCGAACGACUUGAGUGCUUUUGCUAGUAAAAGACGAAUCAGAUCUGAAAGAAGAAGUGUCGAAAACUUGCCGCAAAUAAAAGAAAAUUAGCAAUUUUGAAUUAAGGCCACAUUGUGUGGGAUAUUUGGAAGUGCUGUUCAUUCUUCAGCGCCAGAUCUGUUGUUCAAACUUGCGAGCUUUUCUCUUGGGUCCUAAAUAUUGCGUGGAUUUUUUUAAAUUAGUGGAUUCUGUUCAUUUAGUUGCUGCUCGGUGAAAACCGCGAACCUUUAAAUAGCAUCUCCAUUUUUGGCAAAAUUAACUGGCCUGAUCUCCGAUUUUCAGCCAGGUCGUAACUUCAAAUUUGAGAUUGGAUUCAAUUUUGCACAUACGACCGCGUAGACUGGACUCUUUUAAAUCAUGCGGUAUCUGAGCUUAUCGCGGGCGGGGCUUCUGGCCGGGGAUUCUUAUCGAGGUUGUAGGCAGAGGAGUAUCCUAAAACCGACAGAGUUCAGCUCUGAUUCCCAAGAAGAAGAUGCUUUGUCCUCAUCGCAAGUGAUCUCGACCAACAGCGACCUAAAUAUGACAGACUCAUUUGGUGUCUCUCAGUUUGUAGAAACGAGACGAAACGCUGGAUCUUCGGAUGUUUGGGAAGAUUCGGCAUCUGCAUCUGUGAGUAAUGACAGUGAAUCUUUAAACCAUACAAGUCACUCCUCGGAGGUAGUGUCCAAUAGUUACAAUAAUAAUAUCUGUCAUUCACGACAGCAGAACUGCCAAAAGAACAAUGCCAACCUCAGCUCCAGCAACGAAAUCAACAGCAACAGCUGCAAUAUAAGUGAAGACAACAAUGGUAACGAAAGAAAAAGCACGAUCUGUAAGAAAAAGGGAAAGAGAGGGCUCAGGCGAAGAGGAGUAAGAGCUAGACUGUUGUAUGGAGGAGAUGGCACGAGACACAGUGUGCGUUUCAGCAUCUAUAUCAGUGUGAUAUUUGCACUGAGUGUAUUCUGUAGCCGAAUGUACAGAAACUACUUGCAUUAUGACUCAAUUUUGCCCUCUCAAUCUACUAAUAGUUUUUACACCCCACAGCAACGAGAGUAUAAUCACAACGAUAAAACAGGGUAUCACGAGGAACUCGAAACAUCGCUAGAAGUACUUGAAAAGUCCUCUUUUCUGUCGACCAACCUCUUUUCAUCCAUCCAGUCGCCCGCGGGGCUGUCUGCAGCUGGCAGUAGACAAGUCAGAUCUACUACGAACGACGAUUGUCCGAGCCAGGCAGCUUGGGAACGGCGAGUGACAUACCCACCUGAGAUGUUCUACUUGGGCAAGGGAAAUUCAGACGAGGGCUGGUUGUCUACAUGUGGCCAGAGGGGCUUCGUGCCUCUGUACCUUUUGGGUGCUCUCUACAUGUUCCUUGGUCUGGCCAUCAUCUGCGAUGACUUCUUCGUACCCAGUCUGGAGGUUAUCAUUGAGAAAACUAAUCUUCCGGAAGAUGUGGCGGGUGCUACAUUCAUGGCCGCAGGAGGCAGUGCCCCGGAGUUGUUCACAUCCCUCUGUGGCAUCAUGUUCUCCGGCUCAGUGGACGUAGGCAUUGGAACCAUAGUAGGAUCUGCUGUGUUUAAUGUGCUCUUCGUGAUCGCUAUCUGCGCUUUUGGAACCUACUUCGGCCCAACGGACAAAACUAGUCUCGAACUCACAUGGUAUCCGUUCACGAGAGACGUCACUUUCUACUCAAUCGGACUGGCCCUCCUAAUCGGCUUCUUCUCAGACUCUAAAAUCUACUUAUACGAAGCAGUGAUCCUGUUCGUCUGGUAUGUCUUCUACUGCAUGUUCAUGAUAAUCAACGAACGCUUCCAGGAGUUCAUUAUUGCCAAAGUGGCUAAGUGGAAGAGCAAGAUCCAGCCUAAAGAUUCAGCCAUGACUCCAGCUCAGGAGCACCAGGAAGGCGAUCUGGAGACAGCUGGGCACGAGAAGAAAAACCCUUUCCAUAAAACUCAUUCAAAGGAGGAACACCCUGAUGAGCACGAGGAAAAGGGAAGCACCCCUGAGGCUAAAGAUAAGGAAGAGAACGAGAACAAUGGAGGGGGUGGGGAGGAGGAGGAUGAUGACGAGGAGGCUGAUGGACCCCUGGAUCUGAGCUGGCCCAGUGACAAGAAGUGGUAUGGAAAAGUGCUAUACGUGAUCAGUUUGCCUCUGAAGGUGCUGCUCUUGGUGACUGUUCCUGACUGUCGGAGGGGCGUGCCUGAUGAUAAUGGCGAGAUUGACAAGGAGGCAGAUGGUAUGUUCUGGUGGUGGGGCCGCCAACUCUUCUUCCUCACCUUCAUCAUGAGCAUCCUAUGGAUCGGUGUCUACUCUUACUUCAUGGUGUGGUGGGUGGAGCGCAUUGGUUUUCUGUUGGACAUAGAGAGCAGCAUAAUGGGUCUGACUCUGCUGGCAGCUGGCACCAGUAUCCCUGAUCUGAUCACUUCCUACCUGGUGGCCUCCAAAGGAUUCGGAGACAUGGCUCUGAGCAGCUCGAUUGGAAGCAACCUCUUCGACAUCUGCGUUGGACUCCCAAUUCCCUGGAUGAUCUACCUCGCCAUCGAAACAUCCAUCAAGGUGACAGUGGACUCAACUGGGCUGAUCUGCUACAUUCUGAUGCUGUUCGCCAUGUUGAUAGCAGUCUUCAUCUGUAUCCUGGUGAUGCAGUGGAAACUCAAUCUAGGCAUGGGCAUUCUCAUGAUGGUACUCUACAUAGUGUUCCUUGUGUUCGCCAUCCUCAUCGGUCAAGAUGUACUGCCAUGCUUGUUGGACUAGGACUAACACCCCACCUCAUCGUCAUUUCUGCACAAACCCGCAAAUAUACAGUCAGCAACAAGGAAACAUACAACAUAGCUCGAUUAUCCAGCAAUAACAACAUCCAAUCGAAACAUCUCAAAAUAUUGUUCUGUUCACUCUAAACCUACAGUGCAGAUGCAUUGCUGGGCCUCGGGCUAUCAAAAAUGUGGAUCUCGUUCACGAAACAACAAAAGUAUUAAAUACAUUAGUGAAAGCGACAAGUAUUUUUAAAGAAUUUUUGAUGAGAUGAAAAUAUAUGGUAAUAUCUGGAUUCUGAUUUAGUAAUAUCUGAGUAAACAUCGAUCUGCACGCACUACGUAUACCUGAAUUUGCGAAAAUUUCACCUCACAAUACUCCAAUAUCAUGAAGAUGAUUGUAGGUUUCUUACGGUGCAUUGCAGAAAGAGUUAAAUUGUCAAUAAUUAUAAGCUCCCAAGUAUAGUCAACAGUUUUCAGCACAUAGUCUUUGAUUCAUUCGUUUGGCCCUUUUUAGGCUAUCUUCAGCUGUUUCAUAAGGCGUGCUUCUUUUGUUCCUAUCAAGCUAUCAGAGACAACAACAGCAAAAGUAAAGUUAUGUGCGUUCGAAUAUCAUGUGCCAAAAUGAAUAUAUUGACGAUAGUAGUGACUAGCAAAUUUUUUUUAUCCAACCAAAGAAAAAAAGACAUCAACCGUUAUUCGUAAAAGUUACAAUUUUCUUCUUUGAAGUUAGCGUUGGCUUAUGCCGUUGUUAUCAAUCAUCUUUUUGAAUCAUACGAACUUUUUUGGCGGACCUUGAUAAAACGUUACUGUGAUUCUUUUUAAAAACUUUUUGGACAAAAAAUUUGUUACUAACUAUAGAAUGUGUGAGUUAAAAACGUGCGUUCAAAGAGUUUUUUGUUGCAUUGGCGAUUCUGCGAUGUGUUUUUAAUGACUAUGUAAUUUUGAUUCAAUCAAAUAUGCCCUUAAACUCUUUAACAUAUCUUAUUACUUUCAACUAUAACAUUUGAUCAUAUCAAAUUAAAGCUGAUGUGAUGGUGUGCCGCUAUACUAUGUUUUAUGCUAACAAUUUUGAGUUUUAAUGCACUUGAGUGUUAAUGCAAUUUGCCAAUCUUACACUACCAAAUUAAUUAACUGAAAUUAAAAUGGACCAAAUUUUUUGGACCAUUUGUAUUUGUUUGGUUGUUCAACCUCAAACUUCGUGCUGUAAAUAUAUUUUAGUCAGAAAGUAUAUGAUAUAAUUUGAAACUCGAUUCUCUGACAGUUUCUUUUUUUGACUCUGUCUCUAUCAAGUGAAAACUGCCAGGUUGUUCGGUGAACAAUUGUCUAUCGUGAUUGAGAUGAUUGCAUACCAUGGUUGUUGGUUUCACUUAUCUCGGAGACUGCCGCUGGGCCAUUGAAAUGUGAUUUUGCAACCACCCCCCCCCC